AUGUUAAACCCAAUAAUUUAUUGCAAAUAUAAUCGAGAAUUUCGUGUUCCAUUUGGAGAAAUGCUUUGUUGUCGGUUUAGAACAAUUCAGGACGUUAUGAGAAAUGAAAGUUAUUAUGCUAAAUUUGGUUCUCCAAGAAUUUCUGAAACAAAAAUUGGGGGAAAUCAACAACGGUCAUCUGGAAAUAACUAUUAUACUAAAAGAAAAAGAAACAAUACAGAAAGAAGAGCACCACAAAAUGGAUUUUUAGAUUCUUCAAAGACGAAGAAAAAUUAUGGAAUUAAAAGGAAUAGUAGUCCUUCUAUUUUGAUGGAAUCAUCAAAAUAA